CUUCACCACCCCACCCGCAGGGAAGAUAGAGAUGUCACUUUAAUUAGCGCUCGGCACCACCACCCUCGCCUCCCAGGGUAACAAGUGUCCUCAUCUUCCUCCCACCCCCACUCCAGUCACCCAACUCUUCCUCCCUUCCGGAACUCGGCUCUCCCUCUCGCAUCGCAGGGCUUUGCUGAGCCUUCCUUUCAGUUAUUGAAGUUAGAAGAAAAGCUCUCCUUGGUACCAUAAUUCCUCAGGGACAGAAGAAAAUGCAACGAGCAAUGCAAGCCAUUGGGUCACAUGGCAAUGUGCUUAAAUCUGCUGUUCUACGGCACAUCAGUGCUCCGAAACCAGCUAUGCUACCUGCUGCGUUUUCGCGCUUCAUGUCAGUUUCUUCUGCUAGCCUAGAGGAGAGUGGAUUUGAAACCACCACUGUUGCAGAUGUUUUGAAGUCUAAAGGGAAGGGUGCUGAUGGAUCUUGGCUCUGGUGCACCACAGAGGACAGCGUCUACGAUGCUGUCAAAUCGAUGACGCAACACAAUGUGGGAGCUCUGGUGGUCCUUAAACCUGGACAAGAUAAAUCAAUAGCUGGCAUUGUUACUGAGAGAGAUUAUCUCCGGAAAAUCAUAGUUCAGGGACGAUCUUCCAAGUCAACUAAAGUUGGAGACAUCAUGACUGAAGAGAACAAGCUGAUCACGGUGAAACCUGAUACCAGAGCCCUGCAAGCAAUGCAGCUGAUGACAGAGAAUCGUAUCAGACACAUCCCGGUGAUCGACGACACAGGGAUGCUGGGGAUGGUCUCCAUCGGUGACGUCGUCCGCGCUGUGGUCACCGAGCACAGGGAGGAGCUGAACCGGCUCAACGACUACAUCCAGGGGGGCUACUAGGACGCACGCUUGCAGCGGUGCUCAGGACGGUGCGCCCCUUUGAAGUCUAAUAACGCUCGGGACAAUGACGAUGACGAAAUAGGCUGUGUGUUCCAUGGACAAUGAUGUUAAAUUGCGCAAGGUGUUUUUUUUUUCCUCGCUUGUUCGAUGUGUAUAUCGUCACGGCUCGUGUGACAUGAUUCGGGAGCUGAGACCAUGUGAUGGUGGAAACACCUGAAAUAAAGCGUGUCACUGUGUGCUGUCCUUGAAGGAUGUUCA